AUAAAAUGCGCCUUGUAUGCGCACGCAAGUAACACAAACGAAACAGAACAAAACGAAGUCACAUAAACAGUUAUUACAAUUUAAACCAACCUUCAUUCGCCGGCGACGAUACACAACUUUCCGGCAAUCAAAUGAUGACCGCCGGCGACGGAGUGGACGAGUCUUAUCGGUUACUUCCGUCUCUGUAUUUGACUUUCUUGUCGAUCUGGUUCGUCUCUGCUUGUUCAUGGACCGCUUACACCUACAAAACCCGCCAUUUUCAGUGGAAUAAUUUGCAGUGGACACUUAGUUUGAUUCCGUUGAUUAAAGCAUUGCAGCUCAUGCUAUCUUUCCUCUUCUGGUAUUCAUGCUUCAAUUUUCAGGCAUGCUCUUUGUGGAUGUCGUUUGGUGUAUAUGUAACCGGUGUGCUCUUCCAGACAGCUGCUUUUGUCUCCUUUUUGCUUAUUUCUCAUGGUUACUGUAUAAUGUGUGAGCACCUUUCUUUAAACGAACGCCGCUCAACUGCCGCACUAGCUUGUGUCUUUUACUUGACUCUAGUUGGUUACAAGGCUUCUGUUCCAUACUUCACAGUGCUUCUGCUUCUAAAUUAUUUUAUUUCAUUCUAUGUAAUAUUCCACCAUAUAUCCCAAAACCUACUAGUGUUGCGAGAACAGUUGAGCAUUAUUGAAAAUGAGGAUGUUCGAGCAAUGUAUGAUGCUGUGUAUAAAAAGUACAUAAUGUUCAAGAAGUUUCAAGGUGCAAUGCAGAUGGUAGCUAUGGCAGAAACUGUGAUAUAUAUGAACAUCUACGACUCCUCAGAGAAUUACUGGCUUCGUCUAUUGAUCAGAGAAUGGGCACAAUUUUGCAUCUUCGUGUACAUUGGAUGGAUUUUCAGAUCACAAGAAAUGGCACCACACUUCUCUGUUAUACCAGCCACAAAGUCUAAAAGCCAGACUCUGGUGCCUCCCAUCUACAGUAUUGAAAUGGAUGCAGCAACAUUUAAAGAAUUUAGUAGUCAUGAAUGGCACAUCGGGUUGCCAAUUUCCACUUCUCAUGAUGAACGCUCCAAAAACGAAGUUCUGGUAAUCAUUCAGCAUCCUCGAGCACAGAGAUCAAGAAAGCUCGAUCCAUUUUCUGAUACCAGUGACUGCUUUGCCGUGUCAGACCUCAACACAAGUUCAUCUUCAUGCCAAACACAACAAAGACAGCUAGCAACAUGAUGAAUUAUACCCGAGUCAGUCGCUUAUGCAUUUUUCUAGCAAAAAGGAUCCCUAGUUCCUGCAAUGAAGAAAUGGUGCAAAGUUAAGUGGCCCUCUGGCAGUCAUCAUCAUCAUCAUCAUGGUUCGUAAAUUGAAGCCGUGUUAAGUCACUCAUAUUACAAAUGACGAUCUUGUAAAUGACUUCAAUUUACUAACCUUACUAAUUGUCCUAUAUUUAACCACAGAAAAUCCUAAUUUGGUGCAUAACAGUGAGUUUUAGUUUGUGUAGCACAGUUUCAGAUUAGAGGCAGUUGCAAAUAUGUAUCAAUACAUUAUCAAAGUAAUUAUUAGUGAGCAUAAUCUUCUCAA